AUGUCAUCUCAUCGGAGGCACUUCGAUACAGAGUAUUGGGUGCCAGCAAAAUUGACCAAUAGCCAGUUGGAAACAUAUUGCAAAAUACUAACGGAUAAAAGCAAUAUACUUUGCACACAAUCUAAAGAUUCUUCUUUUAGAGAAGGUCUACGGAAUAUUUUGACAUCCACACAGAAGUGCUCUACACAUUUGCAAGUCGCGGAACGGAGCCCCGAAUUAUCCUCAACCGAAGCUAAGCGACAGAAUGUUGAAAUAGCUGCAAGUGGGAAGCUAAAUCUUCUUGGCAGGAUGCUUGAGGAGAUUAAUAAACAAUCCUUAAAAGCGCUUAUUCUCUACGAGGAAACUGGUUCCUCUGGAAGUUAUAUUGGAGGAAUUUUGGAUGACUUCCUGAUUCAAAAAUUUGGUUCAGAUUCCUAUGAACACGUUGGAAGGGACCCUAUUCCUGCUAAGAGGGUAGAUGCGUUGACUGAGUUCAACGCGAAGCAUAAGAACGACUGGACCCCUAUGAAAAGUUUAAAAGCUCUGGAAAGGAUAAAACUUGAAUCACAGCCUGAACAGAUAAAAAUAUUUCAUAAUUUAUUUCUUACUUUGAGGGAGCUCAAUUGUGGCAAUACUCCAGUCUCCAGUGCAAAUACUAUGUCAGAAAAAUCACUAAUGAGAGAUAUAGAGCAGCUUCUUCUGAAUGGUGAAGGCACAGGGACAAUUAACUUGUCUGUAAUUUUGAAAGUUAAAGUAGAGGGAUCUUACUACAUGAGUUCCCAAAUGCCUAUUGAGCUGCUUGAAAUUUCACAGGAAGAUUAUGCAGAACCGAGUAAUUAUUGGAAUAAAUUGUUGAAGGGAAAAAAUACCCCCAAAGUUGUCUCUGAAAAAGUUAUAAAGAAGCGCAAGGUUGAUAAAGGUAGUUGUGUGCCAUUUGAACAGGUGUUCCAAGAUGAAUGCACACCAAUCUCCAUGGCUGCCCCAUUGCAAGUUAGUUCAGCUGGUGGCAUCGAACAUCAACUAAGCUCUGGAGGCCAUACAUCCAACCAACCUGCUCAGAUUCCUACACGCAAUGCUAUGAGCUCGCAUUCAGACCCGUGCAAUAGUGAGCUGCAAAUAAUUCGUAAAAAAAUGGAGGAGGAACUAAAAAAUCAUAAAGAAGCGCUAUUGUUUGAAUUUGAAAAAGCGCAGACCCAAUAUGUUAACAAAGCUCAGGAGCUGCACUCUGUUUUGGAGCUUAAGCUCAAUGAACUGUUUACAAAUCCAACGAUGGUUUUGAGGAGUACGAUGUUGGCCGAGAGGCAUGGGCAGGUACCAUCAGGAAAGCAGCAGGAUCCGUCUCUUUCGAAUUUCUUUGCACCAUCUUCAUCAUCCUCCUCCAACGACGUUUCUGCACCUAAGAUCGCAGAGACAUCGAAUGCUGCGGAUUCGAAGGUAUGGCCUGAACCAGUUGAAAAGCAGUUCAUUGAAAUUUUGUUAGAAGCAGCAGCUAAAGGGAACAUUUGUAAUGGGAUAAUGAAGAAAGACCUUGGGCCAGUUGUCACAGAGGAGUUUAACAAUCGAACCGGAAAAUACUAUAGCGUCAAUCAAAUAAAAGAAAAUUUUAAACGGCUUAAAAAGAAAUACAGAGCGUUUUCCCAACUAAUUGACAGAACCGAUAUGGAAUGGGAUUCUGAUGCUAACAUCGUCAAAGGAAGUGAUGCGGCGUGGUUAGAUGCAGUGAAGUCGAACAGUAAGUACAACGACUUUUGCAAAAAGGGGCUGGACCACUAUGGGUUGCUAAGACAGCUCCUCCCCACGGUUGCACAAUCCUCUGCCCAACAUGUCAGUGCAGUUGAUGGGGACGAGCAAGGCAGCAACCCAAAAGGGAAGCAGCCAGCUCACACCGACACCUCACGCAUGAAGAAGAGGAAAGCUGUGUCCUUUGCCAGAGCCCCUAAAAGUCGAAACACUGUAGAAUCUGCACAAGUUCCUGAUUUCUCAGUGACAAGGGCCACAAAAAUUUUGAUCUCUAUGUCUAAUGAUCUUGAUGAUGAAACCAUGUUCAAGGCCACUGAAAAAUUAGUAAAGGCUGAAUGGAGGGAAGCUUUCGUCAACUUCACUUCGGAUGGACGACUGGCCUGGAUCAAGUAUCUGACUAGGUCAUCCUAGGGGAGUUUGUUCAGUUGCUUGUAUGGCUUAGUGGGGGCACAUUGUAUUGUGCUGAGAAACAAUUAUGUAAAUUAUAUU